AUGAUGCCAGGCACUCUGUCCGAAGUGCAAAACGUUUCGCGGUCUCUUUCUCCUUCGGGUCUCCAGUCUCCGGACGCUCUCCAGCUCUCGUCUCCAGCGCUUGCCCCCAUCUGCCGAGUGGCUAGCCAGAGCAGCCGCCUCGAGCUGUCCCGCGUCCGGGGCGAGGACCAGGAGGCAGAGAGCGCGGAGCGCUGCCUCAGGAACGCGGCCAAAGAGCGCGCGAGGCAAGCUAAGGGGCUGUGGAAGGCCAGCGGGGAGGGGCUGCGGCGGGCGAAGACGCCCGAGAAGCGCAGGACUACGCGCAGAGACAAUGACGACUCCGCGCGAGCAGAAACGGAGACUUGCCACACUCGAAGACACAGCACGCCUCUGAGAGGGACGCGACUCCUCACGAAACACCCAAACAACUGUCCAACGCAUCAUGCCGUAGAAACAGAAGACUCGAGGUUCGAAGCGGGAAGUGCCUCGCGACCGCCCCCGGCGAUGGAGAGCUCUAGACUUGAGUGCAGAGGCAGGAGGCGGGCGGCGGAUGGAGAGCACGCGCGAGGGGGAGAUUGCAGAACCUCGAGAGACGAGAAUGGAGACGCCAGCGCCUCUUUGGGUUCUCCAGCGAGGCACGUGGGAAGGGCGGGGGGAGACCGGCAGCCGUCCUCGCGUCGGGGUGCGAGACAAUCCGCAGAGGAAGAAGAAGCAGACCAAGACGGGCAAGAGCCAAACUGGUACCAGUGGAGAGACGAGGGCGAUUUUUUGGACGAGGCAGUCCCUUCUUCCUGGGAACGGGGCGACGGCGAACCUAAAGGCGAGGGAAGCGCCGGCAGCGCGCAGCAGGCACUGGUUCCUCUCGGGGUUUCAGCAGCUCGGCAAGGGCUACACCGGAGUCAGAGCCAGGCGUUUUGCAGGCCUGCAUCCCUGCGGAAGCCUCGCCUGUUGCUGCGCCACCCAUCGUUCCCCGAGAGCUCCGGGGCGCCUUCGCCCUUGUCCUUCGCUUCUCACGCGCUUUCCUCUGAAUUGUCUCGGUCCGCUCACUCCCCGGGGGAUGCCUCUGCCGCGCUUCCCCGAUGUUCCGCUGCGAACUCCUCCGCGUUUUUCUUCUCGUCCAGCCUCCGGCGGUCUUCGCGUUCGCGCGUUUGCGGCGACGAAAGCGAAGGAGCAGCCGCCGUCUCGUCGGGUGAGGGGGGUGAGGCGCGGAGAGGCGGAGAGCGGCGAGGAGACAGUCUCCUGAAAGCUCGGUCCCCCUCUUUCUUCAGAUAUUCGAAACGCCAGUCGCCAUCCUGGGACCGCUUCUGCGCCUUCUCGCCGACGGCGAUGGACGUCAGGCUGCUCUCGAGGGACGGGGAGGGAGAAGACCGUCAGACUGUGGAGGCCGGGAGACAGAGGUCGCCGGGGAACUUGACGCGUCUCAUGUCACCAUGGAGCCGUUCCUGGCGUCUGUCGGAGGCCGGGGAAGAUGUGAGUGGCGUCGAUCUCCAGGGGGCGAGGCCGGAAGACCCUUGCGAUCCCGGGAGGAAUGUGUCUCUUCCUUCUCUCCACUCGCGGCAGAGCUGGCGUCGCUUUCCGCCUCUCUCGCCAACCUCUCGUCUGCGCUCGACUUCUCCCUUCUCUUCUUCUCCUCUCGUCAAGGCUCGCGAGCUGUGGAGGCGCCUCAGCAGAGGCCGCUCCAGUCGCGAGGCCCUGGAGAAUUCAAAGUGCGGCGGGUCGGGCUCUGAGCCGCCCAGCCCCGCGUUCGACCGGACGCUGAGCUCUGGUGACCUGCCGCUCUUUCCGACGCAGAAGUCGGUCUCCGUCGUCUCGCCGUCCUUCUGGUCCUUCUCGUCUCCUGCCUCCGCGGACUCUCUCCAAAACUCCCUCGCCACCCUCUGCUCGUCUGUCGCCGAGGGCCGAGGCCCGAGAAACGCAUGCGCCCGGGGAGAGUCGAGUCCAGAGUCCCUUCUCUUCGCCUCGCUCUCGGCCGGGGCAGAGACAGACCUGGCGAACUCUGGAGACAAGACCUCGCUCAGCAGGAGCACUCUGGCCUACACGACGUGUGUGCAGUCUCUGGGAGAGGAGUCGGCCAGCGAGGCGAAAGAGGACGGCAAAGAAAACCGAGGGGGACGGGGCGCGAAACUCCGGCGGUCGCCAGAGGCCGAGAUGCGGCGCGGCGCGACUUCUCCCUCGUCGCUCUCCGUCCUCUCUCAGUCUCUUGUGUUCACAGAAAAGGCAGCAUUCCUGCGGAGACCCUCGGCGAAGGCAGGUGUCGCUUCGCCGUCGGCGUCUCCUCGCGGAAGCCGAUUCUACGAUGUUAGUCCUUCGCUUCUCCGCUCCCUUUCGCCGUCUCCCGUCUACCGCGGGCGGUCGGUGUCGUCGGGAUCUUUUGCUGAUCCCGCUUUUCUGCGAGAAAUAUCCGACCCGUCCUCCCCGCUCGGCGCCUCCGCGGAGUCUCGAAUCGCGAGUGUCUCUCGGAACGAUUUGUCUUGGUUCCUGGAGGCUGCCCAGACCCCGUCAGCCCAGCACGGUCUGUUGGAAGCUCUGCAAGAGGCGCGAGAGAAAGAGGGACAAGGAGACAAAGCCGCUCGUCUCGCGCGUCUGGAGACAGCUGUCCGGGCUGUCUGUUCGCUCCAGGGCGACGCGGAGGCCCUCCAGCUGCUGUCGAAGCACGCCUCCCGGUUUCUCGCCGAAGGUUCGCAGCACAAGCUUCCCGACGAGCAGCAGACGCAGGGGGGGACAUACACGAAGACAGAGACGCCUGAGGAGAAGGAUGCCGACAGGAGCUCGCCUCUGCAUCUCGUGGAUAUGGCGUCCUUGUUUUCGGCGGGGAAGGGCGACGCACGACCGGAAGAAGCCGACGAAGAGACAGACAGGGGCGGCCUGCCGGUUGCCCAUUCGUUCCGGCUCGCUCCCGGCUCGUUGCUGACUGUCCUCAGCGAAGAGCCGUCAAGGUGGCAGUCCGCCCCGGAGACAGUUCUUGCGCCUGCGGGUCUCCGGCAGCCAGCGGGCCGAGGAGUCGCCCACAUUGAGAGAGAGAGACGCACAGGACACAAAGCGGCGGCGCGAUGCGCGCCGAGGAGACUCCUGUCUCUUUUCCCGCUUCCUGACCUCUCGCCUUCGGCUUCGCGUCACGGCGAAGCGCAGGAUCCCGGGUUGUUUUCGUGUCCCGUUCUCCGUACCAGGACGUAUGCGUGCGGACUCGUGACUGACGCAGCGGCUGAGGGACCGCAGGGGGACAGCGCGCCCUUUGGUCCCCCUACACCUGGUCCGGGCGCCGAGGGGCUGCGCCGGGUCUCCGAGAAACGGUCGACGGAGCACCGUGGCGAGAAGAAACGCAACGCAGGAGACGGGGACGAUGGCAAGGGAGACCGGGGAGACAGGAGACAGGGUGCUGGCCCGCUCGAGGAUCGGUUGCCGACAGUCGCGACAGCAGCGGCGUGUCAUGGAAGGGGUGACAAGGAAGAGAAUGGAGACAAGAAAGGGGACAGCGGCGCAGAGAAUCAAGACAGCCUCACCGGUUUGGUGCUGUCCGCUGUCCAGCGCGCCAUGUCGAUGCAUCGGGACACUGGAGGAGAGAAAGGGGAAGGCGAGGCCAGUACGAAGCAAGGUGCGAAACAGAAUGUGCGACUUCAGCAUCUCCUUCUGCAGCUCGAGAACCUCUCGGAGACUCUCAAGACAGCCAUCCACGAACAGCAGGCGGAAGGCGUGAGCGAAACAGAGGAUAGCGACAAAGGGGCAAGCGCCACGAAGGAGGCACAGGAAAAACAGGCUGCCGGACCCGAUCCUGUCGCUGACGCGGGAACUCCGGAGAGAGCUUCGAGCCGCUGUCCUGAAUUGGAUUCCCCUGCGUCUCCCCCCUCGAGCACGGGAGCAGUCGGGGAGGCGGGGACGCCUGUUCAAGGGCCAGAAAACCACGAGAAAGACAAGCGUAGCAUCGCUCACGCUUCGUUCGCGUCGUCUCCUUCGGCUCCUCCAGAGCGCGUGGACUCUUCCUCUACGGAAGCUGAGCACUCGAGUCCACCAAAGCGUCUGGCCGAUGUCUCCGUUCAAACGGAUGACGCGCUCCACAGCCCUCUAUCUUCUUCACAGUCUCUCUCUUCUGAGGUCUCGAAAUGCGCAUCGCCUUCUACUGGUCCACGUCUGCCUUCAUCUUCCGUCCCUGGCGCCGCCGCGGCUUCCAAACCUUGUGGCAAAGGGAAGCCGUCGGGACCGCCUCCAGGCGCUUUGUCGGCCACUGCUGCGAGCGCCAAGGCCGCUCCAGAAGAAGCCGCCGGUCCGCCAGGGCAGGCGCCUUCCGCCCCGAAAAAAGGUCCAGGAAAACCUCCAGGCGCGCCUAAAGCCCCGACUGGGCAGGCUUCCUCGGCGGAUGUGGCUUCAAAAAAAGGAGGGCCUGGGCCCCCUCCUGGGGCUGGAAAAGGCCCUCCUGGGGGGAAAGGCCCUCCUGUGGGGAAAGGCCCUCCUGGGGGGAAGGGCCCGCCGCCUGGAAAAGGAGGAGGGCCGAAGGCGAAAGGCGUGGGAGGCCUCGCGGGACCAAGGUUUCUCAUUCCUGAGAAGCACGUGCCCAAACCUCCGCCUGGGUUCAAAGCCGCCACGAAGCUGCAGUGGACGCCGCUGCCUGAGGACAAGGUGUCGGGGACUGUUUUCGAAGGCCUUCUUGACCGCUAUUCCUUAGCCUCUCCGAGUGCGCAUGCGGAGUCGGAAGACGCUCGCUUGGCUUCUUCCGUGAGCGCUGCCGAGCGCGAAAGCGAAACCCGAGGCGCUGCUCCUCAGGAGUCGGCUGGGGACGAAAGGAACGGGAAACUGUCUCCUCCCUGCGAGGGCCAAGGGGCUUCAGAAGCUGCUUGCGGCCAGACCGCCGCGAGUGGUGCCGCCGAAAAACUCCACGAGGACAGCAAACGAAUCGCAAGCAGUGGCGCUCCGUCUUCGGCCUCUCCGUCCUUUGAGCGUUCUGCUGAAUCGAGUCUGAGAGGGAGCGAGAAGCGCGGAGGGAAAGAGGGAGAGAGCAAGGGCGAGAAUGGCGCGGUCGCCGCUGAUGCCGGAAGUGAAACUCCAUUCUCCUCUGCGCCUCUCAAGCAGCCCUUUCGCUAUCGCCUCGACUUCGUUCAGCUCUUUGAUCUCUUUUACCACGACGAGAAGGAGUUGUUGUUGAAGGCGAAGAAAAGUGUUGCAGCCAGCCCGGGAGAAAACGGAGGGCCUGCGAAGAAGAACUCCGGCGUUCUCGAUGCGAAAGCCAGUCAGAACGUGGAGAUCUGUCUGAAGAAGUACAAGUUGUCAACCGUGGACGACUUCAAAGCGCUCGCGGCGCAGAUCGACGACCCGACCACGCUGGCGAUUGACUCCAACUUGGCUGACAACAUUACUCAGUACUGGCCGGAGCCGAGCGCUGCAGAGGCACUGAAGGCGAAGACCCCGGAGGAGGUGCUGCACAUGCCUGCUGCCGAUCAGCUUUACUUCACCUUGAUCAAGCACGUGUCGCUGGGGAGCGAGAAGCUGAACUUUUUCCUGCAGCGGCGCGCCGUGGACGAGGAACUGGAGAGCAAGCGCGAGAAGCUGAACAAGUACUGCCAGGCGAUUUCCCACCUCGACAAUAUUCUCGACAGCGACGCCUUCAAGGGCAUCCUCGGUCUGGUCGUGCGCCUCGGCAACUGCGUCAACCGCGGAAGCAAAGAAGGCUUCGGCUUCAAACUAAAAGACUUUGUCGGCCAGCUGGCCUCGUGCACGAGCAAAGAUCGGUCGACGAAUCUCUUUCGAGUGCUGGUCCAGACGGUCCUGGAGCAGAACCCGGCGGCGUGCGAAGAGAUGCGCGUCCUCCAGGAGGUGGAUGCAGCCAAGGGAACGGACUUGAAAGAUCUUCUCCAGUUCGGGGACAUUGAGAAGAAGCUGAGUGCGUGGACGAAGCAGAUCGGCGACCGGCGCAGCGCCUUCGGCGGGGCCGCAGGGAAAAUGGAAAAGUGGAUCGAGAGUCGCGAGGCGCUCCUGGGCGAGCUGAAGAAGAAGGCGGAAGACGCCGAAGACCUCCAGUUGCGCCUUCGGGGCCUCAUGGGCCUCACAAAGGCGGACUGCGUUUGGCCGGAGCCUCUCCGGUGGUUCGGGCAGUUCUACUCGCACUUUGAAACGACCGCGAAGGAGUACCGCGGCGCGAAGGACCGGGAUCGCCAAAAGGCCGAGCGCGAGGCGAAGAAGAAGAAUGACGUUCUUCGGCGCGCGUCCACCAUCGCAGCCACAACCAUUUCUCCCACGCAGGACAAGCCUACGGUCUCCGUCCCUUUCCGGCCUUCCGUGCUGGACCCCGCGCUGGCCUCGCUGCCCAGUGGGACGCAGAGCCGCUUUCCUCCCCUCUCUCCGUCGGGCUCCGGCGGCGCGAGCGGCGGGAACUUUUUCAGCGGUGUGGGCGCGCCGUUCCAGUCUUCUUCGCUUCCUCUUCAGAGAUACAACACCUACGCCAACCACGGAAACUCCGGCAAAACCCAAGCCAGUUUCCACCCGCUGUCUCCGCUGUCUCCGGGUGCUGCGUCAAAGUCCGGCGCGAAGGGGCGCCGAGCCGGAGAGGCCGGGAAGCUCACGCGGGUGCUGGAGGGUUCGGCGGAGCGGUCGUCUGUCGCUGGCGACGACGCAGGGCCUGAGACGCCGGCAGCAGGCGAAAACGCUGCCGGAGAGGGGAAGGAAAACAAUGUUGGGUCUGACGCGCAGGCUGGCUCAGGAGUCGCGAAAACAGCAGGCGAAAACGCUGCCGGAGAGGGGAAGGAAAACAAUGUUGGGUCUGACGCGCAGGCUGGCUCAGGAGUCGCGAAAACAGCAGGCGAAAACGCUGCCGGAGAGGGGAAGGAAAACAAUGUUGGGUCUGACGCGCAGGCUGGCUCAGGAGUCGCGAAAACAGCAGGCGAAAACGCUGCCGGAGAGGGGAAGGAAAACAAUGUUGGGUCUGACGCGCAGGCUGGCUCAGGAGUCGCGAAAACAGCAGGCGAAAACGCUGCCGGAGAGGGGAAGGAAAACAAUGUUGGGUCUGACGCGCAGGCUGGCUCAGGAGUCGCGAAAACAGCAGGCGAAAACGCUGCCGGAGAGGGGAAGGAAAACAAUGUUGGGUCUGACGCGCAGGCUGGCUCAGGAGUCGCGAAAACAGCAGGCGAAAACGCUGCCGGAGAGGGGAAGGAAAACAAUGUUGGGUCUGACGCGCAGGCUGGCUCAGGAGUCGCGAAAACAGCAGGCGAAAACGCUGCCGGAGAGGGGAAGGAAAACAAUGUUGGGUCUGACGCGCAGGCUGGCUCAGGAGUCGCGAAAACAGCAGGCGAAAACGCUGCCGGAGAGGGGAAGGAAAACAAUGUUGGGUCUGACGCGCAGGCUGGCUCAGGAGUCGCGAAAACAGCAGGCGGAAACGCUGCGGGAGAGGGGAAGGAAAACAAUGUUGGGUCUGACGCGCAGGCUGGCUCAGGAGUCGCGAAAACAGCAGGCGAAAACGCUGCCGGAGAGGGGAAGGAAAACAAUGUUGGGUCUGACGCGCAGGCUGGCUCAGGAGUCGCGAAAACAGCAGGCGAAAACGCUGCCGGAGAGGGGGAAGCAGACGGCACAUCAGCGCGGAACUCGGGUCUGGAGACAGGCGAAGACCAGGCGGAAGACGGGCCCCUGGAGAGGACGGACGCGAGGCAGAGUGAAGAGACACGGACGCAGGAAGAACCUGAGGAGGACGCAGCGAAUUUGAUGGCCAGCGUCGAUGAGGAAGGGCGAGGCCUGGCACCCCGAAUCAUGGCGGCAUGGGCGCAAGCAAGAAGUCCGCAUCUGGGCAGAUACCAGGGUCGCAAGCGGGGCGGUCGCGGCUUGGUGAAUUUUCCUGCGUUUUUGCGAGACAAAACAAAGAAAACUGCGCGCGAAGGUGCACACUCAAGUCACUCGACUCCCUCGCCAUGUGAGGCCCGAGCCGCUGGUGCGGCUGCCGGAGGCACUCCGCUCCCGUCCUGUCCGGCAGCUCCGGCCGCAGGCACAGCGCCUCUCGCGUUUCACUCCGUGCUAGGCGUGUCCUCUCUACCUGCGCCUUCUGGGUGCUCUUCUCCGACCCAGUUCAUGUUUCCCUUCUCCAAAGUUCCUCGCCCGACUGCGCCUUCCGACAGGCGGGCCAGGUCUGUCCCGGGUGGCGAGUCUGCCGAGCCGAGAGAGCACACAAGCGAGGAUGUUGGCAAGACGCUCGAGUGUGCCAGUGCCGCUUCCCUGUUUGUGUCCGCGUCGCCGUCGCUGGGACCUGAGAAGAAAGGCCGAGACGAGAAGGCCGAGGUCGUCCAGAAAGGCCGCGGAGACAAGGCGACCGCGGCCGUGCCCCGAAGCAAAGCGGCGCUCCCCUCGUCUCCAGCUCCGGCGAACACUCCUAGGUGCCAAGGCCCGCGUCAUCCACUGCGCUCGGUUCGGGCGGCUGCUGGCGAGCCGUCCACGUCAGGCCCAGUCCCGUUUUCUCCGGAACUGGAUAAAGAAUGGGUGCGGUGUGGCGGCGGCUACUGUCGCCAGAGCGACUCGUCGCUCGGCGCAGGAGCAGCUUCGAGCGCGGCGCGGGGACAGCAUCGCGAAGUCGGCCGAGGUCCCGCGGCGUCGUCUCACAGCUCGUCGGCGCUCGUGUUCGGUGCUGGAGGUUCCAGGGCGUCUUUAGGUCGGCAAGCGCCAGCUGGAGCGGACGAGGCACACAGGCCAGAGGCGCUUCCAGACUCGGCCAAGCUCGCCCGCCGGCGCAGCCAUGGCGCAGAGGAGACGGAGACAGGAAAGGCAGUGCUUGGAAAGGUUUCCAAGAUGAGUGGAAAAGGAUUCUCUGCAGGAAAUUUUCAGUCCGCCGUAGAUCACCAGGCGUCCCGUCCGCUGAGAGAACCGGUGACGGUCUCCGAGCGAGACUUCUCAGAGGCAGGGCACCAGCGGGAGAGCAACAAGGCGUCGGGGGAGGCUGAGCUAGAGGGUAUGGCGAAAGAAGCGGGGGCGGUUGACCAAGCGCGAAAGCGGAUGGAGGCAACAAGAGACGGAGAGACAGGCUCGUCUGCGUUGGAGAGGAAAGAGUGUCAUACGAGUCGCUUCUGUGACGGCGGCCGCGGUGGUGCCGAAGGUCCAGGGAAGGACUUUGAGAGAUCCGCGGCUGGGGACAGCGUUCGUAAGGUCCGAACGCGCGUCACCGGUGGCCGGGAAGGAAGCAUUGAGCGUCAAGCUACAAAUCCCUAUAUAGCGGCGAACGUGCCUCGGCAUCCGCGGCGGUGCGAUCCAGGUGGGCGCGGGACGCUGGUGCGCAACGUUCUAGUCGACUUUCCGAGUUCCGGCAGUGGCAUCAGUUCCCAGUCCGCGAACGGGUCCGGUCACUGUGAGUCAGAACCCUCUGACGCUGGAGAGGUCGCGGGACGAGCCAGAAGUGGAUGCGAACCGAGAGUCGCCGCCGUCCGUGAAAAUUUGGGAGAUCCCGAGCGGUCCUGA